GCGCAUCCGACGCUGCCUCGCCGCGCCAUGAACGAUGAGGCCGAAUCCUCGCGCGCACAGGCAGCACGUCAUGGCCAGAACCAGCAUGAUGAUGAUGAAGAAGACGAUUUGAACCAUGAACGUACUCCGCAUGAUCUCGGAGACGACGGGAACGACGAUGACGACGAUGAUGCCGAAUACUAUGUGCAAAUACGAAAAGAACGCCGACUCGACGCAAAGAGGAAACGCAUCGUUUUCCUCGAACAGCUGCUACGGGAGCUUGAUGGCCUUGUCUUCCUGGAACUCAUCACUCUGUACUAUCUAGACUGUUCCUUCUUCUGGUUCGUCAUCCGCGCCAUCAUCCACGGCUCCCUCCUCACCCCGCUCCCCGAAAUGGGCCUGACUCGCCAAAAUGACGAACACAAACCUUACCUACCCAUGAUCCUUUUCACCUUCGCCGUCAACUUCCUUCUGCAUCUGCUUUACGCCGCCCCCUCGGCUGGCGAGGAAACCCGCGGGUACCUCCAUGGCGGCCUAAUGAUUGACUUCAUCGGCGAGCAGGGGCCCACAAGCAAGUGGAAGCUGGCAUUUCUCGACAUCGCGAUACUGCUGCUUGAGAUGCUCAUGCUAGCCGUGCACGUCAAGCGGCGCGAACUGAAGAAGAACCUUUCCCUUAUAUCCGCAGGUGAAAACACCACGGACGCCGCUCCCCAAAUAUCACCAGCUGCCCCUACCACAUCAACCCCAGCAGCAACAACUACCCCAACUCCCGCUUCUGCAGUCAACGCUUCCACCACUACCGAAGCCCUCUCCCGUCCUCAAGACGCCGAUGCCGAAGAACGCGGCGUACUCCGCCGCACAGAUACCCUUUCCGACAUGGAAGCCGACGCUGACCCCAACGAACACGUGGACGAAGAGGACAUACUACUCCCGUCCUCGGAAUCCCGCCACGUUGACGCCCUCGAUAUGCUGACGUCCGGUCAGUGCGUCGUGGCUGAUUUCACCCUCAUCGAUACUCUGCUACAGGCUCAUGUCGACUACAAUGUGUAUCGUAAGACGCGCGCCGAGUCUUCGUCAUCAUCAUCAUCAUCCUCGGCUCCGGGGACGGCUGGGUCUGCUGUUCCGUCUAACACACUGAGGCAGAUUCAGGCUAUCCGGGCGAGAAUGGGCGUUGGUGGGGGUAUGUAG